CAAUCCCCCCCAGCAGCACCAGCAGCACCAGCAGCCUGUGACCCCCCCCUCGUUAGCAGCCCACCGCCGUCGCCAGCCUCGUCAGUCACAGACCGCCCGACCGCCCACCGACCUGCAACGAAACAAACCCCACCACCAUAUGCUAUGCAAUCAUCACCGCAUAUCGUGUCUCCAUCUGAUUCUGCUCCUGCUUGCCCGCUAGCCUCCCCCUUGUCCCAUCCCAGGGAACCGAGCGUGGGAGUGCCAUUGCUGUGGGUCCAGCCGACAUGCUGCAUCAAAUCUCCCCCAUUCACCCAUUCCGCGUUGCACAUGGCAUUGGCCCGCCUGGCUGAUGCCUUUUUCCAACAUGGCUACUAUCCACCUACCAUCAUCUGACGGUGCCGAAGAGCAAGCAGCCAACACAGCAUGGCGGAGGCGUUGCUGAAACCAUCGACAUCUCGAUCCCGCACAACCACCGUGGAUGGCUAGCCUGCCAUGGGUGGGUGGAUGCCCAUCCGAUGCGUGUUUGAUGUUUGAUUUGAUCCGGUGGACGGUGGCCUUUAUUCUCGCCAUGCCUUCCAGUUUGAUUGAUCGUGUCCAUAUCCUGCCGUUGCAGUCAUCAUCCAUCGUUAACCAUGCAUGCAUGCAUGCAUUUUCCACACCCAUCCAAGCCCUGUCCCCUUUUUCCGAUUUCUUUCCAUGUGCCUUGUAGUGGCUGGCGAACAGUUGGCUGCGCGAGUGCU